AUGAAGACCCCACUCUUGGGCUUGGCUUUGUGGUCACUGCUUGUCCAACCCAGUCUCAUGUUCUGGACCACCCAAAUGAGUCAGAACUGCCACAGCGGCAACUACGAGAUCAGUGUCCUGAUGAUGAACAACUCGGCUUUCCCAGAGUCCCUGGACAACUUGAAGGAUGCAGUGAUCGAGGGCAUGGACAUAGUGAGGCAGCGUCUGCGGGAAGCCGGCCUAAAUGUGACUGUGAAUGCGACCUUCAUCUACUCAGAUGGUCUGAUUCAUAAGUCAGGUGACUGCCGGAGCAGCACCUGCGAGGGACUUGACCUGCUCAGGGAAAUUACAAGAGAAAAACGGAUGGGCUGUGUUCUAAUGGGGCCCUCAUGCACAUACUCCACCUUCCAGAUGUACCUUGACACACAAUUGAACUACCCCAUGAUUUCAGCUGGAAGUUUUGGAUUGUCAUGUGACUACAAGGAAACCUUAACCAGGAUGAUGCCUCCAGCUAGGAAGUUGAUGUAUUUCUUGGUUAACUUCUGGAAGAUUAAUGAUUUACCAUUCAAAACUUUCUCCUGGGAUUCUUCCUACAUUUACAAGGAUGGGACUGAGUCUGAGGACUGUUUCUGGUACCUGAAUGCACUGGAGGCUGGAGUUUCCUAUUUUUCUCAGGAACUCAGCUUCAAGGAUACAUUGAGAAAAGAGGAUCAGUUGCGAGAUUUCUUGAAGGACCAUAACAGGAGAAGCAAUGUGAUUAUCAUGUGUGGUGCACCAAGCAUCAUCAACAGCACCUUGAAGGGCAACUGGGAAGUGACUGAAGACACUGUCAUUAUCCUGCUGGAUCUGUUCAAUAGCUACUACUUCAACGACACUGUCACAGCUCCCGACUAUAUGAAAAAUGUCCUCGUUCUGACACUGCCUCCCGGGAAUUUCACCUUAAAUAACUCUUUCUCCAAAGACUUUCUACCGGCAAGAAAUGACUUUGCUCUGGCUUACUUGGACGGAGUCUUGCUCUUUGGACACAUGCUGAAAACUUUUCUUGAAAGAGACGAAAAUAUUAACACCUCCAAAUUUGCUCAUGCUUUCAGGAACCUCACAUUCCAAGGGUACACACGCCCUGUGACUCUGGAUGGCUGUGGGGAUAUUGAUACUACCAUGAUGCUUCUGUACACCUCUGUGGACACCAGGAAAUUCAAGGUUCUUUUGACCUAUGACACCCACAUGAAUAGCACUACCCCAGUGGAUAUGAGCCCCACAUUUGUCUGGAAGAACCACAAACUUCCUAAUGAUAUUCCAGGUCGGGGCCCUCAGAUCAUGCUCAUCGCCAUCUUCACGCUCACAGGGACCGUGGUGCUGCUCCUGCUCAUUGCCCUGCUGGUGCUGAGAAAAUACAAACGAGAUAAUGAACUUCGUCAGAAAAAAUGGUCUCACAUUCCUCCUGAAAAUAUCUUUCCCCUGGAGACUAAUGAGACCAACCAAGUUAGCCUGACGAUUGAUGAUGACAAGAGACGAGAUACAAUCCAGAGACUACGACAGUGCAAGUACGACAAAAAGCGAGUGAUUCUCAAAGAUCUUAAGCACAGCGAUGGCAAUUUCACUGAGAAACAGAAGAUAGAACUGAACAAGUUGCUCCAGAUUGACUACUACAACCUAACCAAGUUCUACGGCACGGUGAAGCUCGACUCCAGGAUCUUUGGGGUGACUGAAUACUGUGAGAGAGGAUCCCUCCGGGAAGUCUUAAAUGACACAAUUUCCUACCCUGAUGGCACAUUCAUGGACUGGGAGUUUAAAAUCUCGGUCUUGUAUGACAUUGCUAAGGGGAUGUCCUAUCUGCACUCCAGUAAGACGGAGGUGCACGGGCGUCUGAAAUCCACCAACUGUGUGGUAGACAGUAGGAUGGUAGUGAAGAUCACAGACUUCGGCUGCAAUUCCAUUUUGCCUCCCAAAAAAGACCUGUGGACGGCUCCAGAACAGCUGCGCCAUGCCAGCAUCUCUCAGAAGGGAGAUGUGUACAGCUAUGGGAUCAUCGCACAGGAAAUCAUUCUGCGAAGAGAAACUUUCUAUACGCAGUGCUGCCGGGACCAGAAUGAGAAGAUUUUCAGAGUGGAAAAACCCAACAGCCCGAAGCCCUUCCGCCCUGACCUGUUCCUGGAAACGGCUGAGGAAAAUGAGAUGGAAGUGUAUCUACUUGUAAAGAACUGUUGGGAGGAAGAUCCAGAGAAGAGACCGGAUUUCAAGAAGAUUGAGAGUACAUUGGCCAAGAUAUUUGGCCUUUUUCACGACCAAAAAAGUGAAAGUUACAUGGACACCUUGAUCCGGCGUCUGCAGCUGUAUUCUCGAAACCUCGAACAUCUGGUAGAGGAAAGAACACAGCUGUACAAGGCAGAGAGGGACAGAGCAGACAGACUUAACUUCAUGUUGCUGCCAAGGCUAGUGGUAAUAUCUCUGAAGGAGAAAGGCAUCGUGGAGCCAGAACUGUACGAGAACGUCACCAUUUACUUCAGUGACAUUGUGGGCUUCACCACCAUCUGCAAGUACAGCACCCCCAUGGAGGUGGUGGACAUGCUCAACGACAUCUACAAAAGCUUUGAUCACAUUGUAGAUCACCAUGACGUCUACAAGGUAGAAACGAUUGGGGAUGCCUACAUGGUGGCCAGUGGUUUGCCCAUGAGGAACGGCAAUCGGCACGCCAUCGACAUUGCCAAGAUGGCCCUGGAGAUCCUCAGUUUCAUGGGGACCUUCGAACUGGAGCAUCUUCCCGGACUCCCCAUAUGGAUUCGCAUUGGGAUUCACUCUGGUCCCUGUGCUGCUGGAGUCGUGGGCAUCAAGAUGCCUCGAUACUGCCUGUUUGGAGACACCGUCAACACAGCUUCCAGGAUGGAAUCCACUGGCCUCCCCCUAAGAAUUCAUGUGAAUGGCUCCACUAUAGCCAUCUUGAAAAGAACGGAUUGCCAGUUCCUGUAUGAAGUGAGAGGGGAAACGUAUUUAAAGGGCAGAGGAACUGAGCUCACCUACUGGCUGACAGGGAUGAAGGACCAGGAGUACAACCUGCCAACCCCUCCCACUGUGGAGAAUCAACAACGCUUGCAAGCAGAAUUUUCAGACAUGAUUGCCAGCUCUUUACAAAAGAGACAGGCUGCAGGAAUACGAAGUCGAAAACCCACACGGGUAGCCAGCUACAAAAAAGGCACCCUGGAGUACUUGCAACUGAACACCACGGACAAGGAGAGCACCUAUUUCUAAUCCUCGGUGAAGCAGUAAGGACUCGCAUAGCACUGGGGCGGCGACCUCAGAUGUCUGAAGCCUGCAGUUUUCUAAGACAUCAGGGAAGUAGAGAAGCCCUUGGCCUUGUCUGGAAUAGACUGUCUUCCAUGAGUGGGAUGUGUGUUCCAGUGACAGAACUG